UGGGAAAAAAAAAAUACAUAUGUACCUUAAGAACAGACCAAAAAGAAAUACAAUGAAAGCAACGGGACAUGUGAGCUCCUCGACCUCGUAGCAAGCAGGCCUUCAAGUUCUACAGAAGCCUGUUAACCUAAAACAUGCAGGGUAGUGGCCCUCAAGGAUUGGACACUAUGGGUCUAUGGAACAAUUAAAAAAGGUUUGCCAGGGCUUUCCAGCAUGUUUGGGAAGAAGAAGAAACGCCUGGAGAUCUCCGCUCCGUCUAACUUUGAGCACCGGGUCCACACGGGCUUCGACCCGCGGGAGCAGAAGUUCACGGGGCUGCCACAGCAAUGGCAGAGCCUGCUGGCGGACACUGCCAACCGGCCCAAGCCCAUGGUGGACCCCUCCUACAUCACCCCCAUACAGCUGGCACCAAUGAAGAUAUCUCCCCAGAAAGUCCGGUCUUCUGAAACGCCGUUGCCCAAAACUAUUGUUCGAGGAAACCGACCACCCAAAGAUGCGUCCAUCAAUGGUCUGCUGGAGGAGUUUGACAACAUUUCAGUUACGCGCUCCAACUCCCUGCGUAAAGAGAGCCCACCUGGCCUCCAACAGGCUGGAACCAGUUCCAAACCCUUGGGUAGUGGGCAUCUCGCCGCUCCYGAGGAGAAUGGUUUCAACCACUACUACUCCCGCUACUCGUGUGACCUGGACACCGCCAGCAGGGACUUUUCGCUGGACCCCGGCAAGCCCAGUGUCUCCAUAGACGGAGACUGGGCUGUUGGGAGGCAUUACCGGUUCACCAAGCAGAACGGCCACUCACAUCCKAUACGAAGCCACUUUUACCCAGAUGCCAUGCCUCAAAAAUCAGACUAUGGGAAGCUUCCACCGGACUACCACGCCUACUUGGAGAGCAAAGGACGCUCGGCUGACGAGGUGGCCUCCACAGUGGGGAGUGGCGUGGGCUCUAGUGGCUACUACCGCGCAUCAGUGGGAGGCUCAUCCAGCCAGGACUACCGGGACACUUCGGUUGGCACGCCAUCUCGUGCCUCUCUUCACAGCGAGCAGAUUAAUUACCCGGACAGCGAGUGGAGUUACGGCGGCCUGCGGGAUGACUACGACAAGAGACCCAAGAGCUCUUAUGUGACUCAGACCAGUCCUACCCCAGCGAUCAGGCAGAGGUCUAGGUCAGGAUCUGGGCUGCAGGAGCAAAACAUUCCCUAUGCAGCCAGUGGGGCUUUCAAGAACCCUCCACAGGCCCACCCAUACAGCUCCUACACCUACCCUCGCCUCUCAGAGAGUCUCGCCAACUCACAGACCAUAGCCAAGGGCGACUAUGAGCGUCAAUCUCGGGAUGAAAUCCCCCAGGUUGCAGGUGGCGACACCUACCUUCGAGGGCCUCUUAAGCUACCUCAAAGCCAUGCCAAACCACCUGGCUACCCCCCAGCGCACCUGCCGUACCCCCCUAUCUUUCACCAUUACAAGCCCUCGCCCUACCAUCAUCUGCCCUCCCAGCCGAGCCCACCAUACACCCCUCAGGGGGCCUACUCACAGCCGUCAUCACCUUACAUCCCCCCGGGGGCUUACCCUCCGCCUUCAUGGGGGUCGAGCUCUGACACUCAGCCUUCCAGAGUCUCCCACGAGCAGUUCAGAGCCGCACUCCAGCUGGUGGUCAACCCAGGUGGGAAAUAUAGGUUAGACAUGUCAAGGCGGCACUGCGGCGCUCUUGGCGUAGCACUAAAGCGGCGAUUACGGUUGUGUUUGCCACCAGGGGACCCCCGGGAAUACCUGGACAACUUCAUUAAGAUCGGCGAGGGCUCCACGGGAAUCGUGUGCAUCGCCAGCGAGAAGCACAGCGGCAAGCAGGUGGCGGUGAAGAAGAUGGACCUGAGAAAGCAGCAGAGGAGGGAGCUGCUCUUCAAUGAGGUGGUGAUCAUGAGGGAUUAUCAUCAUGAAAACGUUGUGGACAUGUAUAACAGUUACUUGGUGGGAGACGAGCUAUGGGUGGUCAUGGAGUUCCUGGAGGGAGGGGCGCUCACGGACAUCGUGACUCACACAAGGAUGAACGAGGAGCAGAUAGCCACAGUGUGUCUGUCGGUGCUCAGAGCUCUGUCCUACCUGCACACACAGGGCGUCAUCCACCGAGACAUAAAGAGCGACUCCAUCCUCCUGACCAGCGACGGGAGGAUCAAGUUGUCAGACUUUGGCUUUUGUGCCCAAGUUUCCAAAGAGGUGCCCAAGAGGAAGUCGCUGGUGGGCACGCCCUACUGGAUGGCUCCGGAGGUCAUCUCAAGAAUACCUUAUGGGACUGAGGUGGACAUCUGGUCUUUAGGGAUAAUGGUGAUUGAAAUGGUUGAUGGAGAGCCCCCUUACUUCAAUGAGCCCCCACUGCAGGCCAUGAGGAGGAUACGAGACAACCUGCCCCCCCGGCUAAAGGAAUCACACAAGGUUUCCACUGUCCUGCGCUCCUUCCUGGACAUGAUGCUCGUGAGGGAGCCGUCACAGAGAGCCACUGCCCAGGAGCUCCUCCAGCACCCGUUCCUCAAGAUGUCCGGACCUCCUUCGUGUAUCGUCCCCCUCAUGAGACACUACCGCCACCGCUGACCCCCUUCCUCCCCCAUGUGGCUCAAACCUGCUCCUUUUGACACUGAAGACACUCAUAGACACUCCCUUUUCAGGGUGGCACUGCCCUCACCCUGCCAAGACAACCCCACCGCUCAGUGGCARGCCACUAACACCUAUAACCGUGACGUAGAUUAGCUAGUGGCGUAUGUUUAAAGUGCACACACAGAGACCAGAAGAACAUUACUGUCGACAGUUUUAACUUUUGAUCUGAAGGAAAAAGAGCGUUGGAGGAACUCGGGCUGGUUCGCACCGCUGCAGUCUUCUUUCUUCCCAGACUGAGAGUCUUCAGCUUCACGUAAGACUCGUCGAAGCCAAUCAGCCUUCCAAGAAGGGUGCGCUGAGUUGCGGACGGACCUCAGCGACCCCUCUGCCCCACCCCCUCCCUGAGCAGAACAGCAGAGAUUCGAGCAAUCAGCCUUCGAGGAGCGAGGUACCCGACUCCCACCGGACAGAGACGAUCCCUCUCUCUCUUUGCACCUCUCGUCUCACACACUGAAAAAAUAAAAAAAUGUUAUUUUAGGAAAAAGAAAAAAAAAACUUGUAAGAUUUUUCUGUACAGUUUUGAUAACUUGCAGUAUUUUAUCGUGUCGUAACCAUUGUGAUAUGAGCAGUAUUAAAUAGAGUUUCUGCAGAGAUCUUU